AUGGAUCCGGCCUAUUGUGGAUUAAGUUCAUUAUCAAUAGUUCUUAACGCAUUACAGGUUAAAGGAGCUCCUGUAUGGAAAGGACCAUGGCGUUGGUGGUCUGAUGAACUUUUAAAUUGUUGUUCACCUAUUGAAGAAGUAAAGAAGAAUGGAACUACAUUUUCACAAUUUGCAUGUUUGGCAAAAUGUCAUUGUGAUGUAGUUGUUAAACGCGCUGACCAUGUGACGAAGGAAGAAUUUAUUGAAGAUUUAAAGAAAGUUUGUUCAAGUUCUGAUAUUUUUAUGGUCAUUUCGUUUUCAAGAAAAACUUUACAACAAACUGGUGAUGGACAUUAUUCACCAAUUGGGGCAUAUAAUUAUGAAAAAAAUAUGGCUCUUGUACUUGAUGUGGCAAGGUAA